CGAUCCCGCUGGUACUCGUAUGUAUGUAUGUAUGACUAGCAUAAUCUUACUUGAAAGAAGUGGCAACUGUGAUUGCCAUUGGAAGUUAAAAGAAGAUGGAGAAACAACGAUACACGAAUAUGACGUAUGAUAGAUUGAGCCCAAAAGACCGGAUCUUAAGAUAUAAACUCUCACAACUCCCAUCAAUGAUUAUUCCUAGUAUUUACUUCGUAUCCAAAUAACCAACACCUAUCGAACCAGAUACAACCUGUACUAAACGAUAAUCAAUUCCACAAUGCCUUCAACCAACUUCAGCUACAGCAGCUCUUCCGUCUCCUUUUCAUCUUCUACAGCCCACAACGGCGAGACUACUGGGUCUCGAUACACUGAGCAUACCGCAAGUAACCCGUCGGGCACGACCACACACACCGCUUCACAGCGAUUUGGCGAACCUAUUCAGCACGAGCGCCGCGAUUAUGAUGCUUCGGGACGUUUGGUUUCCUCUCAACAGAGGGCUCUGGGCGGUAGCAACAUAGACUCCAACCGUCGCAUCGAAGAUGUGUCGGACGAGCAAAGAGAAAAUGAUAAGCUGUAUGAAGAGCGCAUUGAGGAUGAGUAUGCUAAGAGGGAGGGUGGUGCGUAGGUAAGAAGACGGAAGACCGCUCAGGUGCCUAGGCGGUGUCAAAGCACACCCUAAGUACAAUACCUAAUUACCUACAUAUUGACUACACUCAAUGAUAUCAAUAUACAAUACCGAGAGUACCUAUUUCUACACCAACUUCAAUCACUCAAGACUGUUAACGGCAUCUAAACACUUGAAUCUCCUAAUUAGUAAUAUAUCAGUUCGUUUAUUAGGUGCGACGCUUGCUUACUUGUCACAUCGCAUUGAAUUUUUGGCAUUGGGAUG